AGUGGGUCAGGGUAUUUUCUCACACAGCUACUGUGCACAUUAGAGAGAGAACUCAUAUGCACAGGAAGCCUGAGAGAGAGAGCGAGAAAGACAACGCCUGCUGGCAGUCAUAGCAGAAUACAUGCAAAGAUCCACUCAUGAACACAUUCAGCUAAUAAUCUUCUUUCUUAAGUGGGAGGACUGUUUCUGAGUGACGGUUAUCUUAUCGGUGAACUGAGGGGGCAGAAUGUCACGACGGGACCAAAGGUUUCGGAGAGGAAUGAAAGGAAGGUGUUGUGAAUGUGGCUGUAUCCUGUCUCACUGGUACUAUGAAAGAGAGGGUCAGCUCUACUGUAAGAAGCACUACUGGGCCCGUUAUGGAGAGCACUGCCAUGGCUGCAAGGAGACCAUCGCAACAGGACUCAUUAUGGUUGCUGGAGAGCAGAAGUACCACCCAGAAUGCUUCACAUGUGUGAGCUGUGAAAUUUUCAUUGGAGAUGGAGACACCUACAUGCUUGUCGACCGCUCCAAACUCUACUGUGGCCACUGCUUUUUCCAGGGUGUAGUAUCAACUGUGAGCUCAGCUUGUCCACUCACCAAGAGUCCCCACAUGGUGGCACUGGUGUCUUUCCCUCCCCAAGCAGGCAGCCAACGAGGCCUGACCAUAGACACUGAUCUCAGUCAAGAGAAAGGCCAUGUUGUGACUAUCACAGGGUUAGACACAUCUGUCCUCAACCAUGACCUGCUCCCUUCUGUACACAAUGGUGACCGAAUACUAGAGGUUAACGGCAUACCCGUUCGCAACAUUUCCCCAGAAGAGAUAACCUGUGUGAUCCAGGACACAAGCAAACCACUGCAGCUGACCAUUGAACACAACCCGCAGUCUCCUCAUGACCCCCUUAACACAAACAGUACCCAGAACGACACCAGCUGUCCUGGCCCAUGUGUCCGUGAGAAACUUACCUCGACCCACAAACUCCCAAGUCUGGAGGAGGAGCCAAGUCCAGGGGAAGAGACAGAUGAAUCAAUCAGGAUGAGCGUCUCACCACCUCAGCACCAAGGAACCACGGGAAUGCGAUCUAGGCACAUUCUGCGCAGCUGUAGUAUAGAUAAGUGUCCUCUGUCUCCUCGAGCACUGUCACUUUUAUCUCAGAGGAGAGACAUGGUUCGCUCAGAGUCUCUUCGGGUGGACUCAGGAGAUCGAACCCAUCGCAUCUUCAGACCUUCAGACCUUAUCCAUGGAGAAGUGCUUGGAAAGGGCUUCUUUGGACAGGCUGUUAAGGUAACACAUCAGGAGACAGGGGAAGUGAUGGUGAUGAAAGAGUUGAUAAGGUUUGAUGAAGAGACACAGAAGACUUUCUUAAAGGAGGUGAAGGUGAUGCGCUGCCUAGAUCAUCCCAAUGUUUUAAAGUUCAUUGGCUUGUUCUAUAAAGACAAAAGGAUAAACUUUGUCUCUGAAUACAUCCAAGGAGGAACUCUCAGGGAGACCAUCUCAAAAAUGGACAAGGACUUUCCCUGGAAUAUAAGAGUGGGUUAUGCCAAAGACAUUGCAGCUGGAAUGGCUUAUCUACACUCCAUGAAUGUUAUCCAUCGAGAUCUAAACUCACACAACUGCCUGGUCAGAGAGAAUCAGUCUGUGGUGGUGGCAGAUUUUGGACUAGCCAGGCUGGUAAUGGAGGAGAGGGUUCGGGGCAGAACAUCCUCUCUUGAACGGCCUGUAAAAGGGCCACUGUCAGAGCUCCGCAAGCCUGAUCGGAAAAAGCGGUACACUGUGGUAGGAAAUCCCUACUGGAUGGCCCCUGAGAUGAUCCACGGGAAAAGCUAUGACGAACGGGUGGACAUCUUUUCCUUUGGUAUCAUGAUAUGUGAGAUAAUAGGUAGAGUGAGUGCCGACCCUGACUACCUUCCUCGGGCAAAUGACUUUGGGCUAAAUGUAGCUGGUUUCCUGCAGCAGCACCACCCUCCACAGUGCCCCUUGGCCUUCCUGCCACUGGCUGUCCUCUGCUGUGACAUGGACCCUGAUAAACGUCCCACCUUUUCAAAGCUGGAGGAGUGGCUUGAGAACCUCCUGAUGCACCUGGACAUCGGUCUCCCUCUACUCUCUGAGUUAGAGCAGCUCUGCAGAGCCUUCUGGCAGGUUCACAACCAGCAAAACCACUUUCCCAAUCAGGACAAGACCCUUGAACCUCAUGUACAAAACCAGUGUUCAGAGCCGCAAAGACAGAGUCCCAACCCCAAGCGACGUUCACACAGUGCAAAUAACCACACUGAGCCUAAUCACUUCACUCAGAGCCAAGAUCAAAUCAGCACACCUGAAAGCCAUUUGGACGAACAGCAACAUAUGCCUGAUAACCAUGACAUGAGGACUGAGCAUGACCAUCUCAGUCAAGAAUGUAAUGAAUACUCCCAAGACAAGAGCCAGAAGUGUUGCAGGUCUUUGAGUACAGACUCUGGCAAGAAUGGAUCUGAAACCUACAAACAAAAUAAUCCCUCAGGACAACCAAAAACCCAGCAUGAGCCAUCUGGACCCCAGGUCAACAACUCACUGCUAGGUCGAUCCAACAGGCUCAGAAGGACAAGCAGAGUGCUGUGGGACAGAUCGGCAGAGAACAGCUCUUUUCUGUGACUGCUUAAUUGAAUGGCCAAAACAGAUCACAUCUAAAAAAACCAGUUUUGGGGAAUAAAAAGACUUGAAAACAUUUGUGCCUUCUCAAACAAUUGGGGAGAGUACUGAAAGAGUUGCGAAGCUGUAUGUGGAGGACUAUAGCAUGGACAACCUACAUAGAAAUCAUAAAAAUAAAACCUGACCGAUACUGGAUUCAGCUGAUAAGAUACCCAUUCCUUACCUGACUCCUGCUGAUUCCUUAAAUUUCUCAAAAUCUGUCAGUGAUCUCUGGUGAACAGACUGUAUAAGGAUACUGUUACUAAACUACCCUAAACAUGGCUUAUCAGUCCACAUAUGACAUGAUACUAAUAUAUCUAUAAUAAGCUAAAAUUGGCCUUCCAGCUUAUUGUUUGGGCUCUGGUAUUGACUUUGUGCAGAAGCUGUGAAACACAUGGCACUUUACACUUUAAGCUACAUUGCAUAGAUCAAUUAUUUAUCUAAAUGCCUUACACUGUAUAUUUUCUGUUGAAAACUUUCAGACCGCAACCAACACAGCUGUGAACACAUACAACUACAACUGCAACAUGAACCAAUAGUUAACUUAAUAAAGCGAAAUAAAAAUCAAUGUGUCAUCAC